AAGAAGAUGCUUCAAAACUCCGCAGGCCCCAGUCAACGCGGGUGGUGUGGUGACCACUGGCCGACGCCGUCCGAGCUGGCAAACACUUGAGAUCAUUCAAGGACAUCUCAAAAUAAAAGCUGCACUUUGGAAGAUUUUUUUUUUUUUUUUUUUUUUUUGGUCCCCUAUCAAUGGUCAUUAAAGUGCUGCUUUUUUGCUGCUUCCCAGGUCGCACCAUGCCCCUCUCGAACACGCUGCGGGUGUACUUGUUUGUGUUUGUGUUCUGUAAGCAAGCCGCGACGCACGGCAUCACCGACGAGAUCGACGUGGUGGUGUUUUUGCCACGAAACGACACUUACCUGUUUUCCCACGCCAGGGUGGCCCCGGCGAUUAUUUCCGCGCAGCUGAAGCUGAAGACCGGCGGAGCCCCCUACUCCGACCUGCGCUUCAACAUCCACUUCGAGAGCUCCGACCGCGUCAACGAUGCGCUCUUCCGCUUGGUGGACAGGGCGCGCGUGCAGAAGCCCGAUCUGAUUUUGGGUCCGGUGCGCGAGUACGAGGCGGCAGCGGUGGUGAGACUGGCGUCGCACUGGAACAUUCCGGUCAUCUCGGCAGGUGCCCUGGCCGCCGCUUUCGGCAACAAGGACACCGAAUUCUCCCAUCUGACGCGCAUCGCGCCAUCCUACGUGAAGAUGGCAGAGAGCUUCGGCGCGAUGUUCGAGCACUUCGCGUGGAAGACCGCGUUCCUCAUCUACGAAGACGACAAGGAGCAGCGGAAUUGUUACUUCACCGCGGAGGGGAUCUACCAUCUGAUGAGCGACCUGACCGUUAAGACGUCUGCCUUUUCCCGCGAUGACCCGCUGGACACUGACGACGUCAUCCAAAGCGUGUACGACGCACAAGUGGUGAUCAUGUGUAUGGAAGCCAGCAAAAUUCGAGAAAUUAUGCUUGCUGCACACAGGCAUCAAUUGACCAGUGGAACUCACAUGUUCUUCAAUAUUGAACUCUUCAAUGCAUCCUCUUAUGGCAAUGGCUCAUGGAGGAGAGGAGACAAAUUUGACAAUGAAGCAAGGCAAGCCUAUGCAUAUUUGAACACUGUGACACUGCUUCGAACAGUCAAACCGGAAUUUGAAAACUUCUCAAUGGAAAUUAAAGCGGCCAGUGAAAGUAUGGGACUGCACAACUGCAAAGACUGUGGAAGUGUCAACGUGUUCGUUGAGGGAUUCCAUGACGCGUUGCUGCUUUAUGCCAUUGCUUUGAAGGAAGCUAUGAAAAGUGGAUACACUAAGAAAAAUGGAUCAGAAAUCACAUCACAAAUGUGGAACAGAACAUUUGAAGGAAUCGCUGGCCAGGUAUCCAUGGACGUCAAUGGUGACAGAAAUGGAGAUUUCUCUUUGAUGGCAAUGACCAAUGUUAAUACAGGAACAUAUGAGGUCGUGGCCAAUUACUUUGGUGUGAAUGGAAGCUUUCAACUGCUGUCAGCCUUCAACUGUGACCAUUUCACUCUGCAAGGAGUCCAGAUAACACAAACGGAGAUAUCAGACACAUCAUGUGGAAUAGGAGUGUCAGCUUUGACUGGAGUCAUAGUGGGAGCUGUUCUUGGAACCGCAAUGCUUGCAGCAUUCUAUUUUUUCAGAAAAAAAUACAGGAUUACCAUUGAGCGUCGAGCACACAGUGAAGAGUGUACCACCAGGAAGCACCGCCAGUUACGAGAGGACUCCAUCAGAUCAAACUUGUCAGCUGCUUAGUCUGCAACAGCAGCAAAACUGUUGCCACAAACUUACAUCUCUGUGGCUGGAGAUUAUCAUCACUGUCAGUGGGGAAAUGCUUUUCGAAAUGAAAUGAUUUUUUUUUUGGGUGUUGUUGUUUUUAACUGUUAAAUGUUUCACUUUAAAACAUAUUAUAACUCAGGACAACUGUAACUGUCUCAAAGCACCACUUGGAUAUUUCUCUUCACAGGUAAAGAUUUGUAUGGGUGUCCAUUUUAUUCUGGAGGACUUUUAUAAAGAUUUGUUUUUGUCAGUUAUACUGUACACUGUAUAAAAAUGGUCGUUAUGGCUGUAAAUAAUGAAUUACAUACAGUACAUAUUAUGCCGCAUUGUCCCGAACUAGUUUCGUUGGGUUGAGUGAAGCUGUCAAUGUUAUGAAAAAGAGAAGUCACGUGAUGCCGUGCGGUGGUAUUGAUUAAUGUCAAAUAAUGACUUGAGAGCCAACAAAAUGCAAAAGAGAUACAUUUCUUAAGAUAUCAAAUGUAUCUGCUGUUUAUUUAGGGACGUUGUGGCAUAAAACUUUUUUAAAAAAAACAUAUUUGUUAGCUAAUAGGCACAAUACAUAUGUAAGUUUAUACAGUAUAUGUAUAGUGUCAACAUUGUUAUUUAAAGGGAACAUAUAUUUUCAAUUCCAUAUUUGAAUUGCUUGCAUACAGAAUGCCUGCUCAAGUUUAUCUUUUUAAAAGCAGUCCAUUUCCCAAAAUGCAUCGGUGAGCAAAUCAUACAUACAUUUUCGAAAAUUGUGACGCCCCAAUUCUGCUCAUUAACAUUACCAGUACACUGCCCCCACGCUGGGUUUCCCUGCCCAUGACUUGGCAGCUAGGCUGGUUGAAGAUCUUCCAAGCAGAGCAGGGGUAAAUCCACUUUCGCCUACUCGGGCUGCAACUGGGAGGGGUUCUCGAGGGUCUCCAAUAACAGCAUGAAAAGGACAAUUGCAGAAAAAAAAGAAAGAACUCAUUUCAAUUUGGGUCUAAACUGAAAUGGUAUUGAGAAGUGUGACAUAAUUCUUCAUAGUUGUGGUAUUUCAACAGGUUCAUGUUACGCACACACACACACACCAGAGAAAUGUUUUAAAUUGUGAAAUAAAUCAUUAUAAUGUUG